AUUAAAGCGUUGAUUUCAUCAUAACCACUUAUGCUCCAAACCAACGAUUAAACUCAUACAUAUAUCAGCGUGUUUUUGCUUAAACUAUUAUUUGCUGCUGAAAUCCUGAGAUGCAGCGAAAGACUGAUCUCAGACCGGCUUUAAACCGUGUGUUCACGUUACCCAGACUUCCCUGCGCCCAUCUCCUAGAGACGAACGACGAUGUGCCGUUACUGAGGAUGGCGCGUUUGUUUUGGUUGUUUCUUUUAACGCUUUACAGGAAUACUCUUUGCAGUAAUGUUACACAUUUUGGGAAGAUAAAUGCCACGAACGGAAACGAAACAUCCUCCGACUGGAACAAAGCUCUUAAUUUCACGGAGCAGGACACAGCCGCUGCUCUGUCUCCGGUUCCGACGUCCCCCAGUCAAACAAAUGUGCCGGACACGUCCGUCGUCCUCACGAGCCCGAACGCGAGCCCUGCUCGUUCCGGCUCCGCCCCGCUGCCGCUGUCCGGUUCCCUGCCUCCGCCGGUCACUAACGUGUCCGCUUUGUGCCCGUGCGACGCGCAGCCCGCGCGCUGUGAUGUCGACUGCUGCUGUGACGCCGACUGCUCUCAGGAGCGAGCCCUUUUCUCGCGCUGCUCGGUACACAAAGUAAUCGGUGAGACUAAGCUGUGCAGUCAGGACACAGCCCUGUACAGCUUUAGCAUGACACCGAGUGGUUUAGCCCAGGUGCAGACGGCAGUGCUGCGCGAGGUCAACCCCGACGUCCUCUGUAUACGGUCUGCUAAUUAUGAACAGGGCUUGUCAUUUGUCACCCCUACAAUACCUACGGAGAGGAAUUUUGAUGAACUCUUCAGUCAUUUUGUGGGAUUCUUCUUUGGGGCCUCUGAUGGCCAGAGCAGCACCCUACAAACUUCUCCCCAGGAAAACUCUCCGGGAUACCAGUACGGGGACAUUAUUCUGACGGAGGACGGUGCUGGGCGACGAGACUUCUUCAGGCUUCCUGGGUCUGGAGUGACAGCCAACUGCUUUGAUUCGAACCCUGCAGCGUUUUUGAAGGACCAGACGAGCAGGUGUGUGAGGAGCUUUGUGUUGGUGCAAGACUGCACCGCAUUAGAGGCCCUGGACUUCAGGACAUACAGUAGCUUCCGUGUUUUCUCAGGGAAGGGCAAAGAGGCUACUCUGGUGCCCGUGGAGCUGGAUGCUGUGACCCUGCAGUCCCUGGAGGGCACACGGACUCUAGCAGACGUGACGUCUGCCUACCAGCCUGUGUUACUGGAACCUGCUGAGGUCUGUAGCCAGGUGGUGCUGCAGGUGAGCUUUGACAAGGUGAAGUACACGGUCAGGUAUGGUGCAGCUGGGAAGAUUGUGGGCGUGCUGGCAUCCUUGGUGCUGGGCGCCGUGCACACCGCCACAUUACCCAUUCAGCAGCUCUUUCAAAUCGUCUUUGUUCAGGAGGCCAGAAGUGACACGCUUCUCCCCUUCCGUGGCAAUCCUGGUUAUGUGGUGGGACUACCUCUUGUGGCCGGAUGGAGAACUGCAGAGGGCGUGGUCCGCAGCGGUGACCCAGAUGGAACCAUCACCACGCUGCACAGCUCUGCCGCUCAGGACUGCCUGCUCGGCUCACCCCAGCGCAUGGCCGUCCUGUUUGGGAAAGAUGUGGUUUCGGGCUGCACCUUUAGGCUGGACGAUGGCGCUAACUGUUCUUUAGUGUCUGAAGCCCUUUUACGGAGUGUGAAAGGCCAGAGCUUCCCAGACUACGUGGCGUCUUUUGGGAACAGUCUGCCUCAGAACCCCAUGGACUGGGUGCCCAUAGAGAAUCAAACCACAUUGACGAGCACACUGGGAUGCAGUAUUCCACUGUCCUAUCAUCUGGAAGUAAGAUGGACCAAGUAUGGAACCUUGGUGAAUGCCCAAGCUCAGAUUGUGAGCGUUAUGGAAAAAAUUCAGACCAAUACCAGCAUCUUGUCAUCUGUGUCCAGCAUUACAAGCUCUGUGAGCUUUAUUGAUGUGUCUGCUGGUGCCAGUCCAGGCGUUAGAGUUCCUCCAACCAUCGACGCCAAACUUCCCUACGACUUCUUCUUCCCGUUCGUAUGAGCAGAAUACGGCGCUGCUGAGAUUCCGGACCCUGGCUGUCCGGUCACUUGUCAGCAGGAAGCGGAGCACAGCCCGGGAUUUUGGGAGACUGCGUCAGCUUCCGUUUACUUAAGAGUGAUAUUGCUCUUUUGAAAAUAGGAGGACUGUUUUAAAUAAUUUUAAGGUCUGUGAACCUACAUUGGGUUCCAUCUCUUCCCCAAAACAGUCAUCACCCAAGUUAGCAGCACUAAUUUAUUAUGGUUUUUUUUUAAAUGCUUUUAAAAAAUUUCUGUACAUACUACUACUUAUAAUAAAGAAUACUUUUAUGAUUGCU